UAGAUAAAUGUGUGUUUUUACCGUCGUAUUUACAUUCGGCGAAAGCUUUAACGACUUUUAAACUAUUUUUUUUUUACGAUUUAUGAACUUUAUUUUUUCACUUGUGCUCGUAUUUGAGACGUUAACUGGCAAAGUUAUGGAAAAGUGGCUUUUCUCAACACCAGCUCAAGAGACUUAUAAGUCUCAAAGUACAGACAUUCCUGGACUCCAAUGAAUCCCUCCGAUACUAGUCGACUCUCCUGGUCCCGCUUCCCCCCGCUGACAGCUGCUUGCCAGAGUCCAGAUGAAUGCCAAAAGCUCCCUCCAGGAUCCGAUGAUUACAGGGCAGCUGAGCAAGCCGCUGCUCUCCCUGCGCAGCGACAUGAGCGCGGCAGAACUCCGGGCGGACGACAAAGCGGCCACCCCAGACAGCGAUCUGAACGACGAGCCCCUGCUGCUGCCCUCCGAGGCCACGGACAGAGAGGGCACUCCCAAUAAGCUGUACGGAGCUCGUGACGGUUCGGUCCAGUCUGACGCCAGCAGCAGUCCCUCUGAACUGAGUCAACUGGGCCAGUCCCACCCAGCAUACCCAAUGGGUCCACAGUCUCUCCUGGUGGCCCAGCAGCUGGCCAACGCAGUAGGCGGCGUAAUGUCCGGGGCCACGCCAGGCAUGAACCAGCCCAUCCUCAUCCCCUUCAACGCAGGCGGACACCUGGGCGGGCAGCAGGGCCUUGUUCUCUCUCUGCCCACAGCCAACAUCCAGAGCCUGGUGGCUGCUGCUGCUGCAGGGGGCAUCAUGACGCUCCCCCUCCAGAACCUGCAAGCUACCUCAUCACUGAACUCCCAGCUCCAACACCUGCAGCAGCUCCAACAGAUGCAGCAGCACCACCACCACCAGCAGCAGCAGCAGCAGCAACAGCAACAUCAGCAGCAACAGCAGCAACACCAUCACCAACAGACCCACUCCCACACCCAGAACCAGCUGCCAUCCCAGCAUCACAUGACUCCACCCAGCCAGCAGCAGACCUCUGUCCCGUCUCCAGGCUCUGCCUGCUCCUCUGCCUCUGGACAACUGCAGCAGUCCCCGCCACACCGGCCUAACCAGUCGCCAGCCCGCAGUCUCCCUUCGCCCGUCACCCCGCCCAUGCCUUUGCCGCUGAAUCCACUGGCCAGCCAGGUAGCAGCAGCAGCAGCCAUGGGAUCCAUCGCCGGUUCUCAGGUGUUUGGAAACACCCUGUCAAACCUGCAAGGAGCCACCGGACAGCUGGUCACCAACGCACAAGGACAGAUAAUUGGAACAAUCCCACUGAUGCCCAACUCUGCAGGGCCCUCCAGCCAAUCAGGGGGUGGCAACCCAGCACUGCAGGUACAGCCAAUUACACCUCAGCUUCUGACCAACGCUCAAGGCCAGAUCAUCGCCACGGUGAUCGGCAAUCAGAUCCUGCCUGUCAUCAACACCCAGGGAAUCACGCUGUCACCAAUCAAGCCUGGACAGCAGCAGCAGGGUCAGACAGGCCCCGCAUCGUCUCAGCCCAACCUGCUCCACAUGCCCCACAGACAGAGUCCCCUCCACCAGGCCUCUUCCUCCUCCUCCACCUCCUCCUCUUCCUCGGCUCUCAGCGUGGGGCAGCUGGUCAGCAACCCGCAGACCGCCCCCAGCGAGGUGGACGGGGUCAAUCUGGAGGAGAUUCGUGAAUUCGCCAAAGCAUUCAAGAUCCGCCGGCUGUCCCUGGGCCUGACACAGACUCAGGUGGGCCAGGCGCUCAGCGCUGCCGAGGGGCCGGCGUACAGCCAGUCUGCCAUCUGCAGACACACCAUCCUGAGAAGCCACUUUUUCCUACCACAGGAAGCCCAAGAGAACACUAUAGGUAGCAGUCUGACAGGAAAACUGAACCCUGGCCUUUUAUAUCCUGCCAGGUUUGAGAAGUUGGACAUCACCCCUAAAAGCGCCCAGAAGAUUAAGCCCGUUCUGGAGCGCUGGAUGGCCGAGGCUGAAGCCCGCCACCGAUCCGGCAUGCAGAACCUGACUGAGUUUAUCGGCAGCGAGCCUUCCAAAAAACGCAAGCGGAGGACCUCUUUCACCCCGCAGGCGCUCGAGAUCCUCAACAGCCACUUUGAGAAGAACACACACCCCUCCGGACAGGAAAUGACGGAAAUAGCCGAGAAACUGAACUACGACCGGGAGGUGGUGCGUGUCUGGUUCUGCAACAAGAGGCAAGCCUUGAAAAACACAAUAAAGCGUUUGAAACAGCCCGACCUCGGCCCGGCUGCGCCAAUGGACCCUCUCACUGAUUCUCUAGAGGAGCUCCCGAAAUGAACGAGCUCUCCUUCGACUUAAAAUAAAAUAAAAUAAGAUAAAAAAAAAAAAAAGAGGAGUGGAAAAGUGGCAGCCAUUUUAAAAACAACAAAAGGUUGGAUGAACUCGUCUCGAAAUGAGAACUGAGAAACGAUCCCGAGUCACCCUGGAAUGGACAGUCGUGAGUUUGCAAAACAAAAACUAUGUGUUGUCAGUGUGAUUACCACAGCUAUGUAAAUGACCUUGGCGAAAACCAAAAACCAUGAAAAAAGAGAUUAAUAUCUUGAGAAUUAUGUAAAAACAUACGGUGUGCUGUUUCAAAGAGUUUUAGAUUCUGGCCUUACAGACCAGACUAUCGCCCAAAUUUUGGUUCCCACGAGGAGGGAUUUAGUAAAGAGAUCAUACCAAAUCAAAAACACUAUUUACCAAAGUCUGUUGCAUCUGAGUACUAAGAAUAAUUUUGUAAUGUAAAUGUGCUCUAAAUUUUUACAUUUGUACUGGCAAAAAUCUAAAGCUAUAUGUGUGAGGUUGAGUAUACAUUUUAUCUUUGUCUUCGCUUACUUUUUCCUUCAUUGUUUGUAUGUAAAUAUCUUUAAAAAAGAACCAAAAAAAAAUGGGAAAAAAAAAACAAAAAACAAACGCUGUCUUCGAAUUGAAAUCACACCGAUAAAGUUUCUCUUUUGGACGAAGAAAAAAAAAAAAGAUAAUUUAACCUUUGCUGUUGAACAAUUGCAUAAUAAUGUCGUUUUUUGCCUCUGAUUUGUGUUUCAUCUGCAAAUAUUUUCAGUCACGGUGUAACUUUGUACAACUUUUACAGGUAUUUAUUAAUGAUCUCAUGAGAUUGUUUCAGAGGACGGACGGAGGCGGGGAGAGUACAUUAAGGGACUUUUCACAUGAUGAUGAUGAUGAUGAUGAUGAUGAGGGGUUUCAGUGUCUGUCAAAGUCUACUGCAGCUUUGUUUUGAGCUACUGUGUCGAUCUGUUGCCAAAGCCUGAUAGCCAAAGAACACAUACCUUUCAGCUCAAGGACUGGUGAAGAUUUUACCUUUUCCAUUUAUUUUGGCUUUUCCUCCUCCCCCCCCUCCUCUUUUUUCUAAAGUGUUUCACUCUGUGGGUCAAUUUUAACAACAACAACAAAAAACAAAAACAAAAAAACACACUAUCAUGUCAAACAGCUGCAACAGUGAGUCUCUUUCACGGCAAUAUAGAAAAAGAGUUUCUUUUUAAGUUUUCCUCUGCAUGCUUCAACUCAAACCACAUGACGGAGGAUUAUUAAUGAUGAUAUGACCCAAAAUUAACAUUAUUACCUGAAUAUCAGUAAAAAUAACACAUUGUUUUACACGUUAAACCCUUUAAUUAAGGCCUAAAAUCAAAUAAACGCGUGGUUGAAGCCUGUUUGUUGCCACUGACUAAACUACUGAGCUCAUUCCAGUUCAGCUGUUGUUGUGUUUUUUUAUAAACCUGAAAAGAUAAAUGUUGUUUUCUUUUAUAUUCUGCAUCCAUCAGCUCAGUGAAGGUUUACAGAUGUUACAAUCAACCAUUUUUUAAUGCGUUUGAUUGAUUUCUACUGCAGUAAAAUGCUUUAAAAGGUUCAUUUCCAGAGAUUAUCUUCAAAGAUUUCAUGUAUUUGUGGUUAUUUGUGAUGGAAAUCUACAUAGAAAUUGUUCAUUUUACAUAUUACUUUGUGAGAAAUGUCAAUAUUAUAUAAAGAAAACCCCACAAAUAUUUGGAUUUCACAAAAAAAAAACCCUCACAGGAAAAAUAAUAAAAAAAAAAGAGGUGAAUGUUGAGAAUAAGUGUCACAUGUCAGAACGAGUGAACUUAAUUUGAAGUGAGGUGAAAUUUGAUGCAAUUUAUUCAGAAUCAUGUGUCUGCUCGAUAUCUGUCCUUCCAUGUCACAUUGGUUAUCUCAGUCUUUCAGUCCCCUGUGCACUGCUGUGUUCUUCUUCACUGCCUGUAAAACACACACACACACACACACACACACACACACACACACUCGGUAAAUGUUAGAAAAACACACGAAGAAGCUUUACAUGUAUUCCUAAAUUCCUUUUGGUGCACAGAGACUUUUUUUAAUAUAAUUUUUAUGAUAUAUUCAAGUAUUUAAACUUAAUUUCCAUUCGUCUUUUUCUCUUUUUUAAUUGUAUUUUCAUCCUUUUUAAUCAGAUUUGAUGUAUUUUUUUUUUUUAUGUUACUUCCAGUAUUUAAUUCAGGCAAAUCUUUUGGCCAAGAAACUACAUGUCUGCAUCCACCCACCAGACAAACAUGUGAGAGAGAGAGUGAGAAAGCAGCAGGCUCCUGUGGAUCUGUUAUGAGGCUUAACAAUAAAGCUGUAACCAAAAACCAAAAAAAAAAAAAAAAAAAAAACUAAAUAAAUAAAAUAAAACGAAGACACAGGAAGGAGUUACGCCUUCACUCAACUUUUCAAUGCUGGACCAAAGCUCUAUAGUUAUGCACAUUGUACAGAGAAAUAGAUUCAUGAUGUUGACAAUCUUUUAAAAAAAAUCCGAGAUAGAAAAAAAAGAAAUUGAAAGAGUUAGAAAUGUACAGUAAGUUCAUCCAAGGUUUACCUCAGUACUGUUCUUGUGAGAAUCAUACUUAAACGCCAUACAAGCAGCAGCAGGUCAGAAGAGGAAAAAAAAACGAUUACUCUACACUGUGUGUGUGUGUCGGUGUUCACCUUCGAUGUGGAGGUUUUUUUAUUUAUUAUUACGUGACACAUGAUUGUUUUUGUUUCUUCGUGAAGUGGUUUUCCUGAGCCACACGUGACUCUCUGGUCAUUUUUUAUUUAUUUAUUUAUUUAAUAUUGUCGUAUUAUUUCUCAUCUUCGUCGUUGGUGUUUUCACCUCUCAGUUGUCACAGAACCUGUAGACCCUGCGUAGAGGAAAAAGGAGAUUACAGUAACGUUGCUCUUAACCCAAUUAGGAUGAUUUUAGUGAAUCAACCUUUAAAAAUGCUUUUUGUGAAAUUUUACUAACACAAACAAACUGGUUUGAUGUUUUGUUAAUAGACGAAGAACUCGAAACCAAAGCCGAAGAGCCUGCAGAGGUUGGUUUUAAUUUUUUUAUAGACUGAAAACUGUACUUAAUCUAUAGAGCAAUAUCUGUUUGGUCAGUUAAGCAGCACUUUGUGUAUUUCCAACAAAACAAAAAAAAGCUUCAAGUAUGUCACAUUGAUUUGUACCAUAAUUAGUAAUAAACAAUUGUUUGACAUGAA